AGUGUAGCUGAUCCAUAAUGUAGACGGUGUACAGAACUUUAGUGCGAUCCAUUCUUGAGUACUGUUCGAGUGUUUUGGAUUCCCAACAGUCAGAUGGAAGGAAGCCACAGAAGCAGGCUGAUAGAUUAGUUACCGGUAGGUGUGAUCAACCACGACCACCACCACCUAGAGUCAAGGCCGCGGCGCGAAUUUCAUAGAGGGGUCACCAUUUUGUGUUUAGAAGCGUUUCAGUAUGUGUACGUAUGUUGGAACAUGGUUUACAAAUGCUGUGUACAAAGGUGUCGUGAGAAUUACGGAACUGGACCGAAAGUAAUGGUAUUUUCCUUUCCGAAAGAUUCGAAUCUGUGUCGGAAAUGGCUUUCAGCGAUUCAUUAGGACAAUUUCCAACCCACUCAGCACAAGAAGGCACGCUGGGCACCUGGCAUCAUCACCGAGCUCUGCGGCCAGGCAAUGGCAUCUCUCCAAUGGGCCGACGGUUCUGCCGCCUGCUGACACCUCAACCAGCUCUGCCUCCGCCCGGUAGACCACGACACCCCUGGGAAGCUGCCAGUGCCUAUCACCGACUGCCUUGUGGUGGAACCUCUGCUUCCGCCUCCACCGCAGCUGCUGUCUCCGCCGCCAGCUGCCCGUGCUGCGUCGCUGCCUCCCACCCCUGCUGGCCAUGAACCCCUGGAUGUGGACCAGGAUGCCCCUACUCCUGUGGAUGUUUGUGGUGCUGUGCAUUAUUUUCCCAGGGGGAGAAAUGUCGUAGCGGUUCCUUAUUGUUAGAGGACCCACAGAACCGACACACAAGAUGGGUUGCUAACUCCGUUUCAGCAGCACGGAGAGAAACAUCGCCAGCAGACAGAAACAAUAACAGACUUUUCAAAUAAACACUGAACUACUUCAGCAGACAACAUGUAACUCUGUUCCACCAAUAGGAACUUAUGUGUCUGAUGUAGCUCCCUGCCGACCUGGCUUUAUAAGCACGCCUAGACUGGCAGUGUUUACCAACCGCUAGGAACAGCUCCAGCCAGUACUUACGCCAGCCCUAGCAUUGUAUUCACUCGCCAUAGCAUUGUAGUAGCAUGUUGUAUUUUGUACUGUAGAGUAAAUUUUGGUCAGUAUUUUUCUUGCAUUGUCUUGUUUCCUUAUUUGGUUUGUUACCACAAGAUUUGUGGAUUUUCUUGUUAUUCUUGCGUUUAAAACUUAGUGUAUGCCAAGAAGGCCUUUUUUCUUUAAUUAUAAUAAAGUGUGUUGAAAUUGA